AUGGGGGGCCAGGGCAGGCAGAUCGGGGGCCUGGCACUGGUUCUGAUGGGCGUUUUUGGAGUGUGUUUGGCAUGUGGACUGCCAAUGUGGCGUGAGACAUCUUUUGUGGGAUCAAAUAUUGUGACUGCACAAUCGGUGUGGGAUGGUCUUUGGUUAAACUGCGUCAUUCAGGCCACAGGACAGAUGCAGUGCAAGAGACACACAACAUCCACCACUACAACAGCCGACAUCCAGGCUGGACGUGCCCUCACGUUGCUCUCCAUCCUCGCCGGCAUCCUGGGCUUCAUUGUCGCCCUCCACGGAGGAGGUGUGGCCAACUGUAGUGGCGCUCCACCUGACCCUAUAGACCCCCCGACCACCUCUUCCUCCAGAAAGAAGGCGUCUCUGCUGGGUGGCGCUCUGUGUGUCCUGGCUGGCAUCCUGUGCCUGGUUUCAGUCAGCUGGUCAGCAGCAGCAACCAUCUCAAUCUACAAUGACCCCUUGGUGACCGCAGCCCUCAGGAGAGAGGUGGGCUCCUCCAUCUACAUAGGCUGGGCCGCCUCUCUGCUGCUCCUGCUCGGCGGAGCUCUGAUCUGCUCCGUCUGUGUGGAGAAGGAGCGAUCCCAGCCUCCCCACUACUCCUACAUGCCCUCCAGCAACAAAGCUCAAUUCAGCGAUGUGUCGUCUCGCGUGGCCACUCCGAGGUCUGACGGCAUGAGAUCAAAUAGCUCCAGGAUGUUUGAUCGUCAUUGGCCAAGUAGCAUGGCAGAGCACGUAGCCGAGAUGCAUGAAUAUAACUCCCUGUGUUAUCUACCAGGAGACUUUGGACUGUAAUCCUCAAAACAGAUCAGUGACACCAGACAAGGGGAAGAUCUUAUUAAUGGGGAUGAAGCCAAAUCUGGUGUUACAGUUACAGUAUGCCCUAAAUCUGGAUUGAUGGAUCUGCAUGGAUCAUUGUUCUGAGAGUGACUGAAUGCAGGAAUCACUUCGAUGUUAACUGUGGUUGUUGAUUGCUUCUACUUACAUGCUAAUGAUUCUUUCAGAACAGUGAGGUUUGAUAUCAUUGUUAUCACUACUCUUUAGCU